CGAUUAGUAGUUGUUCGAAUGUUGUCCUGCGGUUGUAUAUGACUGUUAUAUAUAUUUAUAUAUUUUUAAGGCCACAUGUUACAACGACUUUUAUAUUAACAUUAUUAUACACGUUCGUGUUUCACAAACAGUUCAGUACGUUUUGUGUGCGUUGAUUGUACACAUGUUUUUAACUUUUAUCCUUUGCAACGCUCCAGUCGAAAACCACAAAAAGCAAUUUCAUCUCACAUAGUUUCAAAAAUUCGCAUUUCGUGGAUUCGUUGGCCGGAUUUUCAUUGCGUCGUUCAUUGAUGCAAUCGGGGCUAUCCAAGUCGAUAUUAUUUACUGUCGUCGGUAAGUUACGAUUUUUGUCCGGAAAGUACUUAAACAUGAGUGCUAUAAGCUUCACCGUGGGACCCAAAAACUGUUCCACGGCCGGCGCGGACGUUUCCAAAAUGUGUGCCGCACACCAUGCCAUCGACAAGCACGUCAAAGACGGCAUGAUACUGGGCAUCGGUAGUGGGUCUACGAUUGUGUACGGUGUUCAACGAUUGGCACAAAGAAUGAAAGACGAGAAUUUGUCUGUUGUUUGUGUGCCAACGUCUUAUCAGGCGCGUCAGUUGAUUAUUGAUUACAAAUUAACAUUGGGAAACCUAGACACAAAUCCUAAAAUAGAUUGUACAAUCGAUGGAGCAGAUGAGAUUGAAGUUGGCACUUUGACAUGCAUAAAAGGUGGAGGAGGAUGUUUGACACAGGAAAAAAUUGUAGCAUCGUGUUCUGAAAAAUUGAUAAUUGUUGCAGAUGGAGCUAAAGAGGUGAAUCGUUUGGGUCAAAAAUGGAAGAAAGGUAUACCCAUUGAGGUAAUACCUAUGGCAUGUAAACCAAUCCAGCAAAAAAUUGAAGAAAAGUAUGGAGGUGAAGCCGUUUUGAGAAUGUCUGCAGAUAAAGCGGGUCCGCUGGUUACAGAUAAUGGUAACUUCUUAUUGGAUUGGUGUUUUCCUGAAACAAAAUAUUGUUGGUCAUCCGUUCACUAUUAUUUAAAACUAAUUCCAGGAGUGGUUGAGACUGGAUUAUUCAUUGACAUGACUGAUGAAUGUUUGGUCGGAGAUCCACAAGGCAAUGUACGACUACUGAAGAAGACUGAACAGACCUUAGAGUUGUAGGUUAAAUCUAAUAUCUGUGUUUUCAUGUCAUAAAUUAUUUGAAUUGGAUAUCAUUCUCUUUAAUAACUAAGUAUUAUGACUUUUUAUUAACUUAUAAUUGUGUGUUGCUUAAAUCAAAUAGCGUUUUAGAUAUUUUAGAUCUUCAAUUACUGUUUUUAUAAAUUAUAUUUCAUGAUUUAAACUAAUUUAUGAUGAAUUUAUUAUUAUUUUGUUGUUGUUUUUUUUUUCAUUAAUAAUACACUAAUAUCUAAAUUGAAAAAUA